AUGCGGGCAGUGGGCGAUGCCGUGGUGCCCGGGCUGGCGGAGUGGCUCGCCGGUGCCGGCCUGGCCUGGCGCCUGCGGUCGGUGGAGGCGUGGUGCGAGCGCAUGGGCGCCAGCACCCUGGAGGAGGUGCUGGAGGCCUUCGACGAGCUCGCCGAGGACCUGGGGCUGGCCCGCGCGGAGCGCGAGGAGCUGUCGCCCGCCCAUCGCGGGGGCACAGGAAGCGAGUCUGUGCUGGCGUUCGGGCCGCCGGAGUGCCCGCGCAAGUACGCGUACGCCGUCAAGUCCAUCGGGCUGUCUAAGCUGCGGCGCGUGGCAGACUACCCGCGGAUCUUGGAGAUGCUCCACCAGGAGGUCGCGAUCCUGUUCUCAUUGCAGCACCCGCGGGAGACCUGCGGUUGCGUGUUCGUGCAGGUGGCGGAGGGUCUGAGGUACAUCCACUCCAGGGGAGUGGCCCACCGCGACCUCAAGCCAGACAACGUCCUCGUGUGCCGCAGCCGCCGUGGCGAGGGUCCGCCCGAGGUGAAGCUCACCGACUUCGGGCACUCCCGAGUGGUGGACGACCACUUCUUCGGGUCAGUGGGCACGCCGCUGUACAUGGCACCCGAGGUCAGCGCGGGCCUGGCGGCCGUGGACGACCGCGACGCAGACCUCUGGAGCCUCGGGGUGGUGCUCUUCGUCAUGCUUCGUUACCGGCUGCCCGCCUGGCUGACCGACGCCCAAGCCAGGCAGCUGCGGGCAGACCUCCGCACGUGGAUGCUCAAGUUCAGGUGCUCCGCAUUGACGCGGGGCGCCGACGUCGUGAUCACCUACGGAGACGACGCUACCGUGGAUUGGGACAGGGUUCGCUCCGCUCAUGCCGAGGUCGCCCAGAUCAUGAACUACCACAUCGGCGCGCGGCGCCCGUGUUCGGGCACGGUCGAGCAGGAGCUCCGGUCACGCGGGGGCCACGGCGGAGCCAGGCCGAGCCCUGCGCUGCCAGGGGCGGGGCCAGCCCGAGCGACGCCGGCGACCAGGGCGGAGUCGGAGCCAGCCCCAUUGGCGGCCUCGCCGAGGACGGCCGCGCAGGAGGCCGAGCUGGCGCAGGCGGGGAUGACGCUCUUGGCUGCCGCGCUGGCGGGGCGAGGCAGCACCGCUGCGGGCGCGCCCCAGGAGCCCGAGCCCGAUCCUGCGAGGCUCGGGGCCGCCCGCGCCGUGCGGUCGCCGCCCGCCGCGCUGGCUGUGGACGAGGACGACGCCCGCCAGCGCAGGUUCGAAGCCCGGCGGCAUGCCCACGCCGCCAGGGGCUCAACGGGCGCAUCGCCGGCGGGCCCAGUGGGUGUUUCACCCUCGCGGGCAAAAGCGCCACCGCCGCCGUCAGCUUUGCCGUCGUCGUCGGCCCAGCCAUGCUCGCGUCGCGGAGAAUACACGGCGGACGGUUUUUGUUGUUGUUAG